AAACUACUAACAUCUUUAUUCAGGUCUAGAGUAAAGUUCAAGCAAUCAACUUAAAAAUAUGUUUAGUUUUCAAAAAUAUAUUUAAUAACAAAACACAUUACACAUUGACGAGUAGAAGAUAAUUAUCAAUAUUUUUAGAAUUACUUUUGGACUCUUCACAAACAAGUCAUGAUUCUUAUAAUCUAAAAUUUAAUUUAAUUGAAAAAAGUAUAGAUAUCCUCUCAUUUAAAACAUUAAAAAAUUACAUUCGUUAAUCUAAAGAAAAUAUAUAAUAUUUUCUCAAAUUUAUAAGUACAAGAAACACCUUAUUAUAAACUCAUCUUUACUUUAUCAUUCUCAGUUAGAAACUAAAUUUUUUACGUUUUCUAGAUCAUUUUACCAUCAUCAUUUCUACCAAAAUAAACGUAAAAGGUAUUGAAAACGAUCAAAUUCAAAAUUGUAGAGGUGACAAGUAGAAUCCUUUCAGUUUCAGAAAGAUAAUAAUAACAGAGAUAUGUCUGCUCCACUUUGAUGCAUCAUAUUCAUAUGCUUUUAUACUAUUCAAAUUAAAUGUUGGACUUUUGACAUCCUCCACUUAGUUAUGUAGCAGCCAAACCCACAGCUUUUUCACUUUACCACUGACCCACGUAGACAACAACUAGUUCCUGUCUUUGCUUCAUUCCUACAUAGCCACCCCAUCAAUGUCAGCAACAUAUUCUUCACCAACCUCCUUCAAAUUUCAGCAAACUUAAACCCUUAAAUACAAAAUUUAUUGGACAGUUUAGGGCUACCACGUAUUCAUGAUUUUAAUCGAUUACCAUGCGAGAUAUGAUAAUAUUUUUUAGUUAAUAAAAAAUUUAAUAAAACUCCAACAUAUGUCAUAAAAUAACUAGGUGAAACUAAAGAUAUGAGUAGGCCUCAUAUCACCAAAUAAUUUCUUCUUUAUAGUGGUUUCUCUUUCCUCCCAACACAUCCAUUUAUACCGAUUAAUAUUUUCAAGCUUUAAGGCCCUUGUGAGUAUCUUUCAAAGUCCUUGAUUUUCUACAUCUUUUCUCAUGGGCAACCUGCUCCUCCAACUCUUCUAUGUGUUGGUGUUCCUUCUGAUCCCAGUUUCAUCUCAACCUAACCAGCUUUUCUAUGCUGGAUUCGAGGGUGUGGGCAGCAACAACAUAACCUUGAAUGGUGCAGCAGAAAUAGAACAAAAUGGAAUAUUGAAGCUCACAAAUGAAACCAGUAGAUUAAUGGGUCAUGCUUUUUAUCCAACUCCUUUUCAGUUCAAGAACUCUAGUGAUGAUAAAGCUUUCUCCUUUUCUUCCUCAUUUGCUUUGGUUAUUGUUCCUGAGUAUCCAAAGCUAGGAGGGCAUGGCCUUGCUUUUACAAUUGCAACUUCUAAGGAUCUCAAGGCUCUUCCAAGCCAAUAUCUUGGUCUUCUUAACUCAAGUGACAUUGGAAACUUCUCUAACCACCUCUUUGCUGUUGAGUUUGACACUGUUCAAGACUUUGAGUUUGGGGACAUCAAUGACAACCACGUUGGAAUUGACAUCAACAACUUGGCCUCCAAUGCUUCUUCUACUGCAGGUUACUACACUGAGGACAAUGGUUCAACCAAACAAAAUCUCAAUCUCAAAAGUGGGAAACCCAUUCUAGCUUGGGUUGAUUAUGAUUCUGCUCAGAAUGUUAUCAAUGUCACACUUUCUGCUUCUUCUACCAAACCCAAGAGGCCAAUCUUGUCCUAUGCUGUGGAUCUCUCACCAAUCCUUAAGGAUUCCAUGUAUGUCGGGUUCUCUGCAUCAACAGGGUUGCUUGCUAGCUCCCAUUACAUUUUGGGUUGGAGCUUCAAAAUCAAUGGAGAAGCUCCACCUCUUGAUCUCUCUUCUCUUCCACAGCUUCCAUUUGCGGGGCCAAAAAAGAGUCACACAUCUUUGAUAACAGGAGUUUCAGUCUCUGGUUUUGUUCUUGUAUUGUCUGCAAUUUUACUUGGCAUCUACAUGUACAGAAGAAACAAGAAUGCUGAUGUUAUAGAAGAUUGGGAGCUUGAGAUUGGGCCACACAGGUACUCCUACCAAGAGCUCAAGAAAGCAACAAAAGGUUUCAAAGACAAAGAGCUACUUGGGCAAGGUGGAUUUGGUAGAGUUUAUAAGGGAACACUGCCAAAUUCCAAUACACAAGUUGCGGUUAAGAGAAUUUCACACGAGUCAAAACAAGGCCUGAGAGAAUUUGUAUCAGAAAUAGCCAGCAUAGGCAGGCUUCGCCACCGGAAUUUGGUUCAGUUGUUGGGGUGGUGUCGCCGCCGCGGCGACCUCCUCCUUGUGUAUGAUUUCAUGGCUAAUGGGAGCUUAGACAAGUACUUAUUUGAUGAGCCAGAAACAAUCCUAAGUUGGGAGCAAAGGUUUAAGGUCAUAAAGGAUGUUGCUUCAGCACUUUUGUAUCUUCAUGAGGGCUAUGAGCAAGUGGUGAUACACAGAGAUGUGAAGGCUAGCAAUGUGCUGUUAGAUGGUGAACUCAAUGGAAGACUAGGGGAUUUUGGAUUAGCAAGGUUGUAUGAACAUGGGGCUAAUCCGUGUACCACAAGAGUGGUGGGUACCUUAGGCUAUUUGGCACCUGAGUUGCCUAGGACAGGAAAGGCCACUCCUAGCACUGAUGUUUUUGCAUUUGGUGCACUUUUACUAGAGGUGGCAUGUGGGCUCAGACCAGUUGAGCUAAAGGCAUUACCAGAAGAUUUGGUUUUGGUGGAUUGGGUGUGGAGCAGGUACAGACAAGGGAGAAUUCUUGAUGUGGUGGACCCAAAACUGAAUGGUGUUUUUCAUGAAAGAGAGGUGCUCUUGGUGUUGAAAUUGGGGCUUAUGUGUUCAAAUGGUGCCCCCACUGCUAGGCCUAGCAUGAGGCAAGUGGUGAGGCUUUUGGAUGGAGAAGUUGAUUUACCAGAUGAGUUGACAAAGUCAGGCGAGAUAACUUACCAGGAGGGUUUUGAUGAAUUCUUGCACUCCCUUGAACCUUAUUCCUUCGAUAAGAUGAGCGCAAGUUCCUAUAGUAGAAAUAGAGACACGGAUGCUAGUUUUCCUUCUACUAAUACAUCUCUUUUUCUCCAAGGUAGAGGAGAAACAAGGUGAUUACCUACAUUAAUUGUAAUUAGAGUUACACUUUCUAUACUCAUCAUAUUUGUUUAUUUUACAAUUUUAUCAUCCCAUGAUGUCUCGUAAUCAUGUGCAGAAAGUUAUGGUCAUGAUAAAUUAUAUAUAAUCAAAACAUGAGGCUUCUAUUUUAAUUCCGUUACCCAGUGGAAUCCAUUUUAUGGAUCAUAGUAUCCCAAUUCAUGUCAUGACAUAGUUUGAUGUACACUUUUGCUUACUUAUGUAUUUGGUGGUGCCUAAGAUUUGAUGAAACAGUAAACUUUCAAAACUCUGCCUAAGGAUCAAAGUAUUUUCAUUCAUGCUGAAACAAUUUCUCCUUAUUAAAAAAGGCAAAUUUUGGCUCUCAGAUUUGUUGUUAAUGUCAUCCAUUAUUGAAUUCUAUAAACUUUUUAACCUUUCUUUUAGCAAGGUUGGUCUUGAAUUGAGUGGUAUCAACCUCUUCACAAAAAAUAAAGAAUAAAAAAUGAUUACCUACUACACUUGCUCAUGUCUAAGGAGGAAAUGUUCCCCACUUAAA